GCUCCCUCCUCCACUCAGAGCCCGUCAGAACUGUCCUGUGGACUUCCAGCUGUCUGUGAAGGACCUGGAUGGGGACAAGGUGAGGUGUCGUUUUGCCCGAGCCGACAAGGGAGAGUGCCUGAACUGCACUCAGCAUGCUUUCCUAACACUGGAUGAGGAGAAAUGCRUAUUGUCAUUUACUGGAAAUGCAGUCCCAGGACAGUAUUUCAUCYACCUGAUGGCAGAGGACCUGAUCCCUGUUCCCAAAAUAAGCCAAGUCAUUGACAUCACCCCACUCAGCUCCGUGCCCUUGCACCUCUCUCUCAGUGUGGAAGAGUGGAGUUUCAGCUGCAGAACUGAACCAGUGGUGACAGAUGGGACCCCUGAGCAGCACUCUGUGCUCUUUGUCAUGCCCUUCCAGGAGGUGAAGUUCAACACAAACUACAAGUCAAAUCUCGAGAGUGUUUUGGAGGUGGCAGUGGUCGGCCCCCCUGACCUGUACAGGGUAGGCUUUGCAUCAGUUGGUCCCUUGGCGACGUUGACCACGGCUUGGAUCCGUUCUGAAAACAACCAGACUCGACUUUUGCCCAUUUGCUUUGUUGCAAACACCCAGAGUUUGCAGUCAGAGCUGCGAUGUGUGUGGCUGUACCAGAGACAAAUGAGGACACUGCCUGCUGGAACAGAGCUGACGUGCAACAACACAGAGAUGACUCUGGAGCUCCCCAUCACCUCCUUCACUGAUAUCAACCUGGCUGAACUACAGCUCAACAGCCCCACCUGCCCCCUCUCCUACAACAGCACACACCUAACUGCACACAUCCCUUUAAACGGCUGCGGCACGAAAGCUGUGCACUCAGGUUCGGAGCUGGUUUACACCAACACUUUGAAAAGUGUCGCUCCUUACACCAUGAUCCGCCGCAGUCCCAUCCUCAUGCUGCCUCUGGCCUGUCGGAUCCCAGGAGUCCAGGUCAGAGGACCCCAGUAUGCCGUUGGCAUACCCCCAGAGAGGGAAACCUUUGGCGUGCUCAACGUUUGGAUYGAGUUUCACCUCCCAGGACAGGGGCCCCUGGCAAAAUUCACGUCCACUCCCAGAUUUCRCUCUUACUUCCAGGGAAGAAAACGUCGGCAGGUCGACGUGGGAACGGGAAGCUCCACUGAUAAUACCGUCARGAUGGUCGGAUCCAGGAUCAAGCAGCUGGACCUCUAUGUGUUGUCCAACUGCAGCAUUAGUCGUGCUCAGAUGGUGGUGAGCGACUGUAUGCAAUCUGAAACCGAGGACUUUGCAGUGAGCCAGCCUCUCUUACACCACGGAUGUAUGUCAUCCAACAAUACACUGGAGGUUAUCACAGACAAGAAUAAUUCCAAGGUUUACCGCCUUGAAUUGGAUGCAAUGACAAUCUCUGGACCAACGAUGUAUGUCGAGUGCAAAGUUAAUUUGUGCAUCACCACCAUGCCUUCACAUUCCUGCCCCAAUCUGUGUACCCGUGAUGGCAGCUCGCCAACCCUAGUUGGAAGUAUGUUUUCUAGCUUGUAUACAGUCAAAUCUGGACCUGUGAGCCUUGUGGUCACCACCCCUGCUCCGAGCACUACAACCAUCUCCACAACUCCAAACACUGGUCCAACUACCAUCCCAAAUACCAAUACAACUACUAAACUGAUUACAAGAACUACCACACAACCUACAUCAUUAAAUACCUCCUCAACUUCUUCAUCAUGUGAAAUGGCCACACCUGUGACAACAGGAGUAAUUCUCACAACUAUCUGCAUAAUUCUUCAAAURAACGUCCUUCACUGAACAUGCUGCUGGACGAUGAUCUGUCACACUUUGGAGCACUUCACUUCUCUAUUUGGGACCUCUAAUAAUUAUAYACCGCCAAUGUCUUCAGCCCACAUUAGAGCUGUAUUUGAGAUGAAAACUGAACAUGUGAAUGACUGUCAGAAGACAAGGAUAUAGGAUUUUCCACACUUCUCGCUGAUUCUAGUGGUGUUUUUUUAAUUGAAAUUGUAAAUGAAAAGCUAUAAAAAAAAAACUAAAUCAUUUCCCUGCAAUGUGAUUCCUGUUUUUGACUUUGCUCCAAUGAGGCCUGACAGUUGAGA